AUGGCACAUGGAGACAUUCGAAAAGUUCUCGCUUCGGCUUCCUUCUGUAAGCAGAAUCCCACGAGCUCACUACAGUCCAACAUGCUCGAGUACAGUAUUUCCCGGCACGCCGUUACUGGGACAACAUCCUCCCUCAUUGACAGAGGUGCAAACGGUGGACUCGCUGGGAAUGAUGUUAAAAUCCUGAACAAGACAGGUCGUUUUGCUAGCAUCACUGGUAUCAAUGACCAUACCCUGCCUGAUUUAGAUAUCGUCACCGCUGCUGGACUUGUUGAAUCCCAGAACGGACCUAUCAUUGUCAUACUACACCAGUAUGCACACCAUGGGAAAGGUAAAACGAUUCAUUCUAGUGCGCAACUUGGAUACUACAAGAACGUUGUCGAAGACCGUUCUCGGGUCCUAGGGGGUAAACAGCGUAUCGUAACUCUAGACAACUACGUUAUUCCUCUUCACAUUCGCCAAGGACUGGCUUAUAUGGACAUGCGCCCACCUUUGGAUACCGAAUUUGACACACUUCCGCAUGUUGUUCUUACUUCCGAUGUGGACUGGGAUCCAUCUAUCAUUGACAAUGAAAUUGAUCUUGUCACGGACUGGCAUGAUGCCGUCCAGGACCUUCCCGGCGAUCUGUACGUUGAACCUCGCUUCAAUUCAACCGGGGAAUACCGACAUAGGCACCAUGAUAUGAGCCGCAAUGCCCACAAUUACGAAGCUUUGCGCCCUUGUCUUGGUUGGAUCUCUUCCGACACAGUUCGGAAGACCAUCUUGGCCACCACACAGUUUGCUCGCGAAGUUUAUCAUGCACCUAUGCGUAAGCACUUCAAGUCUCAUUUUCCGGCACUUAAUGUUCAUCGGCGCAAUGAAGCUGUCGCUAUCGAUACCAUUUGGUCGGACACGCCUGCUGUUGACAAUGGCGCUAAAUUUGCACAACUAUUUGUUGGUAGACGGUCGCUUGUCACCGACAUUUAUCCUAUGAAAACAGACAAAGAGUUUGUCAAUGCUCUUGAAGACAAUAUUCGUCAUUGUGGCGCCAUGGAUAAGCUCAUUAGUGAUCGUGCCAAGGCCGAAGUCAGCAAGAAGGUUUCUGAUAUUACCCGUGCUUACCACAUUGAUCAAUGGCAAAGCGAGCCCAAUCACCAGCACCAAAAUUAUGCUGAACGCCGCAUUGCAACUGUCGAAGCAAAUGCGAAUAAUAUCCUAAACAAAACCGGUGCACCCAAUUCUACAUGGUUAUUGUGUGUUUCCUACAUUUGUUAUUUGUUCAAUCAUUUGGCACAUGAGUCUUUACACGAUCGUACUCCCCUUGAAGUCCUCAACGGUAGUACCCCUGAUAUUAGCGUACUCCUUCAAUUCCAUUUCUGGGAACCGAUCUACUACCGACUUGAAGACCCUACUUUUCCUUCCGACGGAACUGAAAAAAGGGGCCACUUUGUUGGAAUUGCUGAUUCCGUUGGUGAUGCUCUUACCUACAAGGUACUCACCAACGACUCCCACAAGAUCCUUCUCCGAUCUAGUGUUCGCUCUGCGUUGAAACCUAGUGAAACCAAUUUGCGUCUUGAGCCACAUGAAGGGGAGAGUCCUCCUAAGCCCAUCAACUUCACUAAGUCGCGCAGAACUGAGGACGGAAAUUCUUAUGCCAUCCACACGCUACCUGGACAAUGGGGAGCGUUUUCGUGCACGUAUUGCCAGGAAAAUUCUUGA